AUGGGUGAAUAUCAAGAAUUCAGACAUGAGUGCAAGUUCUGCAGGAAGAGGUUUCAAUGUGGUAGAUCCUUGGGAGGCCACAUGAGGUCUCACAACAUCAAUGACACUGAUGGCAAGCUAAACACAGAUCAUGAAUCCACUGGUUAUGGCCUCAGAGAGAAUCCCAGGAAGACUUGGAGGUUCACAGAUCAUUCAACUGAAGACCUUGACAGUACAUCAGAAGCCGAAGCUGCGGUUUCAAAUCGAAGAUCAAAAAGAAUAACAAGGUAUUGUAUGAUGACAACUGCAGAUUCUUCAUUGUCUUUAACUAACGCUUCCUCUUCUGUUACUGAUAUUGAGCAAGAACAAGAAGAGGUUGCAAUGUGCUUGAUCAUGCUAUCUAAGGAUGCGUGUAACCGGAGUCGUUUUGAGUUUCUUGCUGAGUAUUCUGAUAAUAAUUCUGUCUCUUUGGAUGCUCCCUCAUCCACUCAAACUAGUAAAAAUGCUAGUAAGAUUAUGAAACCUGAAGAUUUUGUUGAUGCUAUUAUGAAGAGAGAAAAAAUUGAGACCAACAAAACUAGACCAGAUCAAGCUAGUUAUGAUUCAAGCAAGAGAAAAUCGAGCAAUCAUUUCGAUCCUGAUUGCUCGAAGAGAUUCAGGAUCGAUGCUUCUGAUUCUAAAUUCUUCAAUAGCUCUAAUAAGAGAAAUAAAUUCGAGUGUACUAGUUGCAGCAAGACAUUCCGCUCUUACCAAGCUCUAGGAGGUCACAGAGCCAGCCAUAAAAAGAACAAAGGCUGCUUUGCGUCCGGAAUUAACAGCAGCAACAGCAGCACUGAAACUGCUGGCAGAAGUUCUGUCGAGCAUUUUAUCGAACACUGUGACAACAAGACUGAGAGAGGUGUCAGGACAAAGAAGAGGAGUGAAGGGCAUCAAUGCUCAGUUUGUCUCAAGGUUUUCUCUUCAGGCCAAGCAUUGGGUGGACACGAGAUCACAUUUAGUCCAUCAACAUUCAACAACCACCUCCAGAGAUUGGAAAUUUCAUUGCUCUCAAUUUUCCUGCUGCUCCUGUUGAAGAAGAGAACAAUGAGGAGCAAGUAG